GCGCUGAUGAUGGCAUGUCAGCAGAAGACAAGGAACAGAUGCGCGUCGGCACGAUAAGGGUGCGCGAAGCAAUGGGAGACCUGGGCGACUUCACAAGCGACGAGCAAAUACAGGAAGCCUUAUGGCACUACUACUAUGACGUCGGCAAGAGCGUGAGCUAUCUGAAGAACAAGCUGGGGAUUGCGGAGCCCAAGAAGGAAGCCCCGAAGCAAGAGAAGGCCAAACCAACAUCGCGAUUCGAUCAAGCCGCCAACGUCGCUAACCAGAAUGCGCCGGUACCCACAGGGACCACACCGAAGAAGAAAAAGAAGCAAACCAAUGGCGAUUUGGCCGAAUCGGUUGAAAAGCUAUCAGUCACCGAUGAACCAAGAGUCAAGAGCAAAAACUUGAACGUUGUCGACGAGUUUGAGAAGAGCAACACAAAGAGGCUUGCCAAUUUUGUAGUUCUGGGACAUGUCGACCACGGAAAAAGCACGCUCAUGGGCCGCCUACUAUACGAUCUCAAAGUCAUCGAUCAGCGAUCAAUAGACAAGCUAAGGAAAGAAGCCGAGACCAUUGGAAAGUCAUCUUUUGCACUGGCCUGGGUCAUGGACGAAACGAGUGAAGAAAGAAGCCGUGGUGUUACUGUUGAUAUUGCCACGAACUACUUUGAAACAGAAAAGACAAAAUUUACCAUACUAGACGCUCCUGGUCAUAAGGAUUUCAUUCCAAACAUGAUAUCAGGAGCAUCUCAGGCCGACUUUCCUGUUUUAGUCAUCGAUGCCGGUACCAACAGCUUCGAGUCUGGUCUAAAGGGCCAAACCAAGGAACACAUCAUGAUCGCCCGGAGCAUGGGAAUGCAACACAUUAUCGUAGCCGUCAACAAGAUGGACACGGUUGGUUGGUCAAAGUCGCGGUUCGACGAGAUUGCGAAACGCAUGACGGCGUUCCUGACGGAAGCAAGUUUCUUGGAGAAACGAAUCACCUUUAUACCAUUGGCCGGUCUGACAGGGGAGAACAUUGUCAAGAAGGUUGACAACUCCGCCGCUCAUUGGUACACUGGUGAGACUCUGCUGGAAGCGCUGGAGCGUAUCGAACUGCCACGGCGCAACCUCGAGAAAGCACUUCGUUUGUCUGUGGCCGACGUCUUUAAGGGAGACAUGCGUUCGCCACUCAGCAUAUCCGGCCGCAUUGAUGCCGGAACAGUGCAAGUCGGCGAUGUAAUCCUUGCACUCCCCGCCAACGAGACGGCCACGAUCAAAUCCAUUGAAGUCCGAGACGCGCCCGUGGAUUGGGCUGUGGCAGGACAAAUUCCCACACUCCACCUCACCGACAUUGAUCCCGUGCACCUCCGCCAAGGCGACAUUUGCUGUGCACCCAAGGACCCCGUCAAGUUGGUCAAAGCCUUCACAUCGAAGCUCCUGGCUUUCGAGCACGUGCUGCCAAUGCCAGUUGAAGUAUUUCGCAGCACACUCAACUCGCCUGGUAGUAUCAGGACGCUGAGUGCUCGACUGAACAAAUUCACGGGCGAGGUGAUAAAGAAGAAGCCGAGGAUUGUCAAGCCGGGCGAGGUGGCGAGGAUCGUGGUGCAGUUGGAGAGGGAGCUGCCGAUUGAAGAGGGGAUGCGGGUUGUGCUGAGGGAGCGGGGGAGGACAGUUGGCGCAGGAUUGAUGGAGAAUGUAGCGUAGGGUUUUUGGCUCUAGAUGCUCGCAUCAAAAUAAGAAAUAGGUAAGUGUAAUAUGG